AUGCUAUCAGGUAUAGAGUCUAUUAUAUGGAGAAAGAGCUCACCCAUUUGGAAUGCAACCAUUGUUGGUCUUUUAAAGUAUGGUAGAUUUGAAUUGGCUCUAUCCUCAAUCAAUGCUGCUACAAAAUUACACAAACCUUUAUCAAGUAAACAUGUCAAAGUGGAAAAAAAAAAUAAAAAAGCUCAAAAAAGCCAAGGAGAAAAGAGAAUAAAUGAAGAUAAUAAUAAUAAUAAUAAUAAUAAUAAUAAUAAUAAUAAUAAUAAUAAUAAUAAUAAUAAUAAUAAUAAUAAUAAUAAUAAUAAUAAUAAUAAUGGUAAUGAUAAAACAAUAAUAGAUAGUGCUGAAGAUAAAAAAGAAGAAAAUAUCAAAAAGCUCACAGUAAAAGUUUUUAAAUCAGAAAAAAAGAAUUCACCCAAAGUUAUAAAAACCGAUUUGUCAUUAUUUAAAGACACAACCCCAAAUAUUUAA